UAGAUUAUCGAUCAUAUUCAAGCGAAUGCGGGGAUCCCCCUUUCACGUCAUUUCCAGAAGGAGAAUUCUGGGGAAACAACGUGUUGGGGCAACCGGAAUACUAUGACGGAACGUUUAACAUUGGAGGUGUCACUGGACACCUUGCCAUACCGCUUCUCCUAGCGUGGAUGCUGAUUUACCUUUGCCUAUCGAUACCCGUAGGAUGGACCGCCAAGGUGUUUUAUGUCACCGUUCCCGUAAUUCACCUACUUCUUAUUGUCUUUAUGAUACGCGGAGUAACUUUACCAGGUGCGACUGAGGGUGUAGGCCUAUUGUUUUAUGUCUUUGAGGAAAAAACAAGAAUAAGAACAAUCCUCGCAAACCCACGGGUGUGGCUAGCUGCUGCAAGAGAGGUUUUCUGCUCCUUCUCGAUUGGUCUUGGUGCUUUUACAGCCCUUGGAAGUUACAAUAAGUUCGACUACAAUUUCUACAGGGAUAGCAUGAUCGUUACGUUUCUCAAUGUGAUGACGAGUAUUUAUUGCGGUGUCAUCGUAUUUUCAUUCAUUGGCUUCGCAUCCAACGCAAGCUAUUUACCACUAACUGUUAAUUCACUAGCCGUGCCAGGUACUUAUCUAUUUUAUCAGGUCUUUCCACGUGCGUUUCCUCUAAUGCCUGGAUCAAGAGCGUGGGCAUUUCUAUUCUUUUUGGUGGUUCUUCUGAUCUGGUUUAACUCUCAGUUUGUUACAGUGAAAUCGUUCAUUGCGUCUGUCGUGGAUGUGCUCCCUUCGUGGCUCCAAGGCGGAUAUUACCCCCACAUCGUCGUGUUUGGACUCUGUGUAUUACAAUUUCUAAUCGGUAUUCUCAUGAUUACCGAGGGUGGGGCAAAUAUAGUACUGGACUACCUAGAUCUUAGGUACUAUCAAGUGUAUUCAUUGCCCCUCGUGUGGAUCUGCUUUCAUGAGAGUGUCGCUAUCGGAUGGUUUUAUGGAUUUAGACGGUUCUCAUCGCACAUUACAGAGAUGUUAAAAUGGCAGCAGAUCCCAUGGUACUUGAUUGGCUGGAUUGUCACGUGUCCUAUUCUUUCUAUGCUUGUGUGGAUUCUCGACAUUUAUCUUCUAGUGUUCGACGAGGUUCAUAGUGACUACUGGAACAGUCAGCUUCGCAUGAUCGGCUAUAUAAUUGCAGCAUCUUCCAUGAUAUGGAUUCAUGUUGUGAUGAUAUACACAAUUGUCUACCAAUUGGUCAAAGGGGAUGGGCCUAUUCUCACGAGGCUGAAAUUGGCCUUCCGCCCCGCUGUUACACCAAACCACGACAGAGAGGGACUAGUUGGAAUGGAAAUGACAUAACGUCAUAAAAGACACGAAGGAGGUGGGGGCGAUCAGAGGGUGGGCAACGACCCAAGAUGGCUCGAUUUUAGAAUAAAGACCAAUGCCCCCUCUUUUCCUCUUAUAGCUUUUCUCUUUAUUAUAGUCCCCCAUUCAUUGUUUUCCUGUUCCCCGUUCUCCCGUAAAUUAUGAUGAUGAUGGUGAUCGUAAUAGUAAUAAUCUAUAAUAGUUAUAAAAGAUCAAAGAAGGCCGUCGCCCGCUGCUCCUUGUGACUUCGCCCCAGCAUUGAUGUCUGCCUGUGAGCGAAACCUUAUUAUAGCUACAUAA